UGAGACGGGGGCGGGGCCUGAGGGGACGCUUCACGCCGCUCGCAGCUCGUUUGCCUCCACCGGGGAGCCGUCGCUCCGAUAACUCACCAAAAGAGAAGAAGAAGAAGCCCAGAAUGGAUCUUGUGGACUUUUUUUUUGUUCCCAACACCUUUCAGCUGGAGAGGAAAAGGGGGCGGGGCUUGAGGAGGAAGGCAGAGUGUUUCAUUGUGUUUGUGUGAGUCAAAAAAAAGUGUGGUGGGUCUGCAGCACGGCUGCAUUUUAUGGGGAAGUCAGUUUCCCAUCAUUGUGUCCUGAGCGGUUGCCAGACACUGACAGGGCUUGCAGGCGCGUGUGUGUCUGUGUGUGUCUGUGUGUGUGUGUGUGUGUGUGUGUGCAAAACAGACGCUGCUGGUUUCACAGGAAGAGGCAGAGUUCAGCUCGUGUUGGAGCCUCCGAGGCUGAAGCCAGGCAGCUCUUCCCAGCCUGCGAGGGUCCCGGACCGGUUUGAUUCUUCUGUUUUCCAUCCUGUGGUUUUUGGAGCGUUGACAUCCUGCUUUUUAAUUUUUGUUUUGUUUUGAGUGUGGUGGUUUCCCGGCGUGGCGUCGCCGGCGGCGAGCUACAGGCUGAGCUACAGGGCUGCAUGCCAUGGGCUGUGUCUUCUCCCUGCCAGAGGACAGGAGAGAUGCUGCCGAGAGAGCGCCGACCACACGAGAAACCAGCUUCAUCGAGAAGAUGAAGAAAACCAACAAGAACAUCAUCGUGUUCUACGGCUCGCAGACCGGCACCGGGGAGGAGUUCGCUAACCGCAUGUCCAAAGACGCCCAGCGCUACGGCAUGAAGGGCAUGGCGGCCGACCCCGAGGAGUACGAGAUGGGGGAGCUGUCCCGACUGUCUGAAAUUACAAACUCCCUCGCCAUAUUUUGCAUGGCCACCUAUGGUGAAGGAGAUCCAACAGAUAACGCCCAGGACUUCUACGACUGGCUGCAGGAAAACGAUGACGAGGAUCUCUCUGGACUAAACUACACAGUGUUUGCACUGGGCAACAAGACGUACGAGCACUACAACGCGAUGGGGACGUACGUGGACAAGCGGCUGGAGGAACUCGGGGCCAAGCGCAUCUUUGACCUCGGGUUAGGAGACGACGACGGCAAUCUGGAGGAGGAUUUCGUUUCCUGGAGGGAGCAGUUCUGGCCGGCCGUCUGCGAGCACUUUGGAGUCGAGGCCUUAGGAGACGAUUCAAGCAUCCGGCAGUACGAGCUGAAGGAGCACGCCGACAUCAACAUGAACAAGGUCUUCUCCGGGGAGAUCGGGCGCCUGAAGAGUUUCGAGGUCCAGAAGCCUCCGUUUGAUGCUAAGAACCCGUUCCUGGCCACGGUCACCGUCAACCGCAGACUGCACAAAGGUGGCGGGCGUCACCUGAUGCACCUGGAGGUCGACAUCACCGGCUCCAAGAUCAGGUACGAGUCCGGGGACCACGUGGCCGUCUUCCCCUCCAACGACUCGGCGCUGGUGAGCCGGCUGGGCGACGUCCUGGGGGUGGACCUUGACGCCGUUAUCUCCCUUAACAACCUCGACGAGGAGUCCAACAAGAAGCACCCGUUCCCGUGCCCCACCACGUACCGCACGGCGCUGACCCACUACCUGGACAUCACCAACUCGCCCCGCACCAACGUCCUCUACGAGCUGGCCCAGUACGCCUCGGAGCCCAAGGACCAGGAGAACAUGCGCAAGAUGGCCUCCUGCUCCCCGGAGGGCAAGGCCCUCUACCAGAGCUGGGUUCUGAGCUCCAAUAGGAACAUCCUGGCCGUGCUGGAGGACACGCCCUCUCUGAGGCCCCCUGUUGACCACCUGUGUGAACUGCUGCCUCGGCUCCAGGCUCGCUACUACUCCAUCGCCUCCUCCUCCAAGGUUCACCCCAACAGCAUCCACAUCUGCGCCGUGGUGGUGGAGUACGAGACGGCCACCGGCCGCACCAACAAGGGCGUGGCCACCAACUGGCUGAAGAACAAGAUGGUGGCGGCCGGCGGCGCCAAGGCCACAGUGCCCAUGUACAUCCGCAAGUCUCAGUUCCGCCUCCCCUUCAAGGCCACCAACCCCGUGAUCAUGAUCGGCCCCGGGACGGGCAUCGCCCCCUUCAUGGGCUUCAUCCAGGAGAGGGCCUGGCUCAAAGAGCAAGGGAAGGAGGUGGGAGAGACGGUGAUGUUCUUCGGCUGCAGACAUAAGAACGAGGAUUAUCUCUACCAGGAGGAGCUGGAGGAAGCCGAGAAGACCGAAGUCCUGACGCAGCUCAACGUCGCCUUCUCCAGGGACCAGGAGCAGAAGCUGUACGUGCAGCACCUCCUGAAGGAGAAGAAGGAGCACAUCUGGAAGCUGAUCCACUCGGACAACGCUCACAUCUACGUCUGCGGGGACGCCAAGAACAUGGCUCACGAUGUGCAGGCGGCGCUCUACGAGAUCGGGGAGGAGCUGGGAGGCAUGACGCGCCCGCAGGCCGUCGACUACAUCAAGAAGCUGAUGACCAAGGGCCGCUACUCUCAGGACGUCUGGAGUUAAAAGGCCUCGCGAGUCAAAGUGGUGCGUUUCAGUUCUCUACGGUUGUUCUCUUUCUAUCGGGACUGGAAAGAAAACAAACAUUAGCGUGUGUCCGUCGCCCCGGCUCAGCAGAGCUGGAGGAGCAGAAGAUCACGAGGCAACACGCCCUCAACUGGUGCUCGGUGCGUCGCGAGGGGCUUCAGGACGACCCGGACAGCAGCCACUGCAGCGAGACUCCGCCUCCUCGCAAAUCUGGCUUUUUCUUUGGAGAUUCUGCUGCGGCCAAUCGCUGCUCUGGAUGCGCACCAUGUGACCCCCCCCCCUCGUGAAGACGCAGAGCGCUCUUUCAGUUUGUAACUUUCAUCUCGUUCAUUAACGGUUAUAGACGUAACGCCGCAGGCAAUAACUGUGUGUCUCAAUGGAAUGUGUGUGUGCUGCUGCGGUGGCAACGCUGCGGACUUCAAGUCAUGUUUUAGAAAGCACUUCAAAUACAUUAAAUAUUCUAGAUAAAUGUAUGAAUUGUAAUGACUAGUAUGCAAUUAUCUGUUGACAAGUGAUUCUGCCUGUUAUGCAUAAGAGGUAAACACAGUGAUGCAAAGGGGAAGAUCAUAAACCCAUGAGAUUAUGAACUUGGUAUUUACCGUAAUAGAAGGCCUUUUAAACGAGUCUUAUUUGUAAAAUGCUCAUUUUAAAUAUUGUGCUUGAAACCCGAUCUGGCCUCCCCAAUAGUGGUUAUAUUCUUGUUUAAUUGAUAUGCAGAAAGGAGGAUGAGGUGUAACACCUGGACUGAUGACAACAGACUGCGCCGUUUGUUUCUGUAUUUUUAUUUUUAUUUUGUCCACAUAUGCACCACGACACGGAGAAGUGAGCCGGCGCAUCGGAGCGUUCGGCGUGUCGCUCCGGAUCCGGAGAUGGAGCGAGAGCUCAGCCUGUGCCUUUUACCUCAGCCUUAUGUACCGAGUUAGAAAUGAACCUGAUGCUUCACCGGCUCGCUGUUUGUUCUUCUUCCAUUGUUAUACGGUCACCUGUCAUUCCUCUUCAUUGUGUAAUUGUUUGAUUUUUUAUCAAAGCAAGCAUUUUGUAAUUAAUACAAAUUUAAUAAUUUGAUUGCUCUAUGACUUUUUUUUGGGUUUCAAUAAAGUUAAACUUCAUGUGUCUGUA